AUGAGAGCGGGUCAGAACGCGACUAUCCUCCUUCUUUAUACCCAUGCUCCUCCCAUGUUCGAGCAUACCAGUGGGCGAAGCGAGACCAGUUCGGGAUAUUACAAGUUCGAGCAGCUUCAACUCCUGUUGGAGUAUGAGGUAACAGGUCAAUUUUUCAGGGAUUGGGUUACUGGCGCCCAUAUUCUCACGGGCAAUAGUUUUCAUACCAAGAGAGCUGUGGUACUUUCUUUCGGAUCCAAUUUCAACAUCAGUAAUUGGAGUCCAUAUCUCUAUCUAUCUACCAUGACAGGGGGCAGUUUCUAUCUUACGAUAUACAGUGGCAGAGUCAUCUCUCGACUCACUAUAGGCCUGCUCCUCGUUUGGAUGCGGGCUGAUGGAAAUAUCGACAUACCAGAAUCCUCCAAAGUAGCUUUCAAACGAGACCUAACCACCCAUACAGUGUCCGAAGCCGAUAUUGAGAGAUCCUGCGGCAGAUACUCUGACAACCUCGAGAAAACCAAUACUCUUGCUGGGCCACGCAGCUGCCUCCGUGUCCGAUAUGACAGUGUCAACACCGACAACGGGCAAUUCAGCAUAUACACAAGCAGAAACUUGGCCAGGAAGUAUAUUGAUGGCGAUGAAGACUACAAAAACGUCAUUGUGGAACAGCUUGAUCGAAUUAUCAGCACCAAUGUAUCAGUCAUCGCUAUCCAUCCCUUUUACGGGCAACUUUGGCGCGCUGUCUGUAGCGACCAAACUGGCAACAACAACAUAAAGAGAAGCCUCUUGGGAAAGUUUAGAGCCCAGGUUAGUCAAAUACCCAAUGCAAGAGACAAGAAGCAAGCACAGACUUGGUUGGAAGAGUCGUAUACCUUUUUCCAUGAGAUCAAUGAGGAGAUCUCAUCUCUUCCUGCAAAUCGCCAAUUCCCACUUGUAUGUGUAGAUCCAGACACGAUCGAUUUACAGGGAAAUCAGUACGAUGCAGCCCUUACUCGUGCACAGCUACUCAACAUCUGGAAGUCGUGCGACAUGGAUAUUCUGGGACGCCUGGGAAAUGUUCUGAUCCGGAUGCAUUACGUUCAACAGGAGAAGGAUAUGCCUACCAGUAUGACAAACUCUUGGCCUUGCCUGACUCCUCGGAUCCCUCUUGCGCUAAUAAUGCCUGAGUACGGGGGCAAAUUCUAG